UUACUUUCUAUUCCCUAGAUUGACCCUUCAAUUUUCCUCUUUUCUUCUUCACUCUAUUACUUGAAGAGGCAAAGCAACUUGGAGCAGAGCAAAAAAUCAAACAAUCAGCAAAAGCACCAGAAAAAAAAAAUGGAAAAAGGAAGGGGUCUAACAUAUGCUUUAAGCGUUACCAUUCUAACAUGCACGCUUUCUCUACUUUCCUUCCACCAUACAACAUCAGCAAUUCCAGAAGAUUCCAUAAUCCGGCAAGUCACCACCGCGCACGGCGGAAACCACCACCACCACCUCCUCAGCACCGCCGCCGAGCACCGAUUCAAGUCAUUCAUACAGGAAUACAGCAAAGAGUACAGUACACGCGAGGAGUACAUACACCGACUAGGAGUUUUCGCUAAGAAUCUCCUGAGGGCAGCUGAGCACCAGGCUUUGGAUCCUACGGCUGUUCACGGCGUUACGGAGUUUUCGGAUUUAACGUCAGAGGAGUUUGAGAGGAUGUAUAUGGGCGUUAAAGGUGGUGAUCGGACAUCCUUGUUGGGACAGGUUGGUUCCCACCGCGCACCUCCUAUGGAAGUGAAAGGCUUGCCUGAGAGUUUUGAUUGGCGAGAGAAAGGUGCUGUUACUGAAGUGAAGAUGCAGGGGACUUGCGGAUCAUGCUGGGCGUUUAGUACCACAGGAUCCAUUGAAGGAGCCAACUUCAUUGCCACCGGCAAGCUUCUAAAUCUUAGUGAACAACAGCUUGUAGAUUGUGAUCACACGUGUGAUAAAAAGGAUAUAAAAGCUUGUGAUUCUGGAUGCUCGGGAGGCCUAAUGACAAAUGCAUACAAGUACUUAAUCGAGGCCGGAGGAAUACAAGAUGAAGAUUCUUACCCAUACACUGGUAAACGUGGCGAAUGCAAGUUUAGACCAGACACAGUCGCUAUAAAAGUGUCCAACUUCACCAAUAUUCCCAUCGACGAGCAACAAAUCGCUGCUUAUUUAGUCAAUAAUGGACCUCUCGCAGUUGGGUUGAACGCUGUGUUUAUGCAAACGUACAUCGGAGGUGUAUCGUGCCCGUUAAUAUGUGGAAAGAGGUGGAUUAACCAUGGUGUUUUGCUAGUUGGUUAUGGCUCGAAGGGAUUCUCGAUUCUGAGAUUGAGCAACCAGCCAUAUUGGAUUAUAAAGAACUCGUGGGGAAAGCGAUGGGGAGAACAUGGAUACUACAAGCUUUGUAGAGGACAUGGCAUGUGUGGAAUGAACACAAUGGUUUCUGCUGUUAUGACCCAAACCUCCUAAGAAAUGAAUAAGUAGCUCUGCUCUAUACUCUUGUAAGUUAAAAUAAUUUGUAGUGACUAGUGAAGUUAAGUUCACUUCUUAAACUUUUCAUCUUUCAAGUGUUUGAGCUUAGGUGCAGGUGUAUAAAGCCUUUUCUUCUCUUUUAGACUUGAAAGUAACUUGGCCAAUACAACUAUGGAUUCUAUCAUGUGGUUUUCAUUGAUUAAUGUUGUAAAAGUGUCGUGUAA